UUUGUACAUAUUUUGAAGAAAUAUAUUGCUUAGACUAGUACAAUAUGCUUGUGUAUUCUUGGUUUGAAGGCUAAGCACAGAGGGAUGACUUAACCACUCUUCAACACAUCUCUGUUUUUAUAUUACCACUAACACAUCACUAUUCAGUGUUAUCAAACUAUUUCUAUUUCCAUUUCUCUCCCACCUCAUCAAAGCCAACCUGUCCUCAUUUUGGUAAACCUCCUCAACUCCUCACAUACAGAGGCACAGGCACACAUUUUGCAAGAGAUAGUGAGGGAGGGAGAUAAAAAGUGAGAGGAGAGAGGGGGAGGGAUUGAGGGAGAGGGAUAAAGAAAGCUAGAGAGAGGGGGAGAGCGAGAGAGAGAGCUAGAGAGAGGGGGGAGGGAGGGAGGGAGAGAGAGAGUGUGUGUGUGUGUGAGAUAGAGAGAGAGAUGUUUGGCAUGGAGAUAAGAGUCUAGGCAGGGGAGAGAAAUGGAUGCAAGAAAAGUGGUGGUAAUGGUAGAAGACAUGGAGGUAGCAAGAACAGCACUAAGAUGGGCACUUCAAAAUCUUCUUCGCUACGGAGAUUUGAUCACACUUCUUCAUGUUUUCCAUCACCCCUCUUCUUCCAGAUCCUCUAGAAACAGGAAAAAACUCAGACUUCUCCGCUUACAAGGCUACCAAUUAGCUCUCUCUUUCAAAGAAAUUUGCAACUCUUUUCCUAAUAGCAAAACAGAGAUUGUGGUGACAGAGUGUGAUCAAGAGGGUGCAAAAAUAGCUGAUCUAAUCAAUCAAAUAGGAGCUUCUACUCUUGUUCUUGGACUUCAUGAUCAGAGUUUUCUUUACAGGUUGAACUGCACUGAAAACAAGUUGAAAUGCAAAGUUCUAGCCAUCAAGCAACCAACAACAUUGACUGCAACAAGGACCAUUUCAUUAUCAGACAGUUCAACCAAUAUGGACUUCUCCCAAAUUGAAAUUGCUGAUGGCUUGAGCUUUCGCGAAGUUUCGCCACCAAAAAUCCCGUACAGAAUAUGUCCAGAUCCUUCGGCUAUUUUUUGGAGAUCAGGGACAACAAAAAGGAAAGAAACUUGUUGAAUUCCAUGGCUUCCUAUUUUACUACAGGCAUACAGGGGAGUACUGACCUUUUUUAUACGUUAAAAGAAUGUGAUUUAUAAGUUAAAAGCUUCUUUCUAUACUUGACAAGUUCUUUUUAACGGAAGGAAUACAAUACAGAAUCAGAUCUCUUUUACCAA